AUGCAGUUAGAGCAUGAGAUUUUAUUACACCCGAAAUACUUCGGCCCGCAUUUAAUAGAGAUCGUAAAAGCGAAGCUCUUUUCAGAUAUCGAAGGUACAUGCUCGGGCAAGUAUGGGUUCAUCGUUGCUGUAACUAACAUUGAUCAUAUUGGAGCUGGGAUGCUCCUCCCCGGCCGAGGGUUCGUUCAGUACCAUAUAGUUUAUCGGGCUAUUGUCUUCCGUCCUUUCAAAGGCGAAGUUAUUGACGCGGUCGUUACCCAAGUUAACAAAGUUGGGGUAUUUGCGGAAGCCGGCCCACUGAGUAUAUUUAUAUCGAAAUAUUCUAUUCCUCAAAACAUCAAGUUUGAAGGCGCUGACACGACAAACGAAACUACCAAUGAGGAGGACGAAGAAGAAGAGACUCAAAUCGUUCAGUUGGAGGAUCGGAUCCGGCUGAGGAUAAUUGGUUUGCGCGUUGACGCCAGCGCUAUCUUCGCCGUUGGUACACUUAUGGACGACUAUCUAGGCAAGACCCUGCGUGUGAAAGAGAAAUGUCGAAGCUUCCUGUACAUAUCCGCGAAAGUCAUGGAGCAUUCUAGCUAG